AUGAUUUACUCUAUUUGGAAUGUUAGGGGCCUGAAUGACCCUGGCAAAGUUGCCUCUGUAAAGAGGUUGCUUCAUUCACAUUCAGUUGAUGUUGUUGGUCGUCUUGAAACAAAAAUCAAAUUGAAAAAUGUUCUCACUUAUCAGAGGAAGUUUGGCUGUUCUUGGCUUUGGUUCAUUCAUUGUAGUGUCUCUUCUAAGGACCUCUCUACUCAAAUUCAUCUCACUGUUGUCUAUGGGCUUCACUCCAUUCAUGAUAGACUUCCUUUGCGGGAAGGAAUUAGAAGCAUCUUUAUUCAGCAUUCUCCUUGGCUUUGUGCUGGUGACUAUAACUCUGUUCUUCAUACUUCAGAUAGGCUUCAUGGUAAUGAUGUUACUGAUUAUGAGACUAGAGUUUUCCAGAGUCUAGUUGAUGAUUUGGACCUCACUGAGGUCAAGAGCAAAGGAGCCUUUUACUCUUAUUCAAAUAAGGCUCACAUUGGUCCUAGAACUCUUUCUAGGAUUGAUAGAGUCUUUUGUAACCAAGCUUGGCUGGCCUCUCAUGGGCAUGUUGAGACUGUCUAUCUCCCCCCUUCUUUAUCUGAUCAUUGUUCAGUUCUGUUGGAAAAACUUAAUUAUGUGAAGUCUAGUAUCAAGUCUCUUAAUAGCAAGCAGUUUGGCAACAUUGAGGAAAAGAUUGAUCAAGCUAAUAUUGAGCUUUCUGGAAUUCAGAACUUAAUGGCUCAGAAUCUUGAUGAUUUGGAUUUAUAUGCUAAAGAAUCUGAUGCUAUUAAGGUUGUCAAACAUUGGAAUGAUAUUCAGGAAAGCAUCUUCAAACAAAAAUCUAGGAUCAACUGGAUUAAGCUUGGAGAUGGGACUCAGGCUCCUUGGCUUCCUGUUGUUGACCUUUUUACUAUGAGGAGGGGUAAACAGCUUAGCUCUGUUGCUCAAAGCUAUCUCAUUAGGCCUAUUUCUCAUGCUGAAAUUGAUGCUGCCCUUAAGGGAAUUGAUAACACUAAAGCUCCUGGGACCUUGCCUAAGCAAUGUAAUUACACAACUGUCACUCUUGUUCCUAAAAUCCCUAAUGCUUCCCAUGUUAAGGAUUUUAGACCUAUAGCUUGUUGCACUGUGGUUUAUAAGCUCAUUUCUAAGGUCAUAACUGCUAGACUUGCUGCUGUCAUUGGUGAGGUGAUUGAUGAUGCUCAAGCAGGUUUCAUUCCAGGCAAGCACAUUGGUGACAAUAUCCUUCUUGCAACUGAAUUGAUCAAAGGCUAUGAUCACAAAUUUAUCUCUCCUAGAUGCAUGGUUAAGGUGGAUUUGAAGAAAGCCUAUGAUUCAUUUGAGUGGGGAUUCUUGAUCACUUUUAUGCAGGAGCUUGGUUUCCCUCAGAAAUUUGUUAGCUGGAUCUGGACUUGUCUUACUUAUGUCUCUUAUUCUAUUCUUAUUAUUGGUUUUCCUGCCCCACCCUUUGAAGCUAAGAAAGGUUUAAGACAAGGUGACCCUAUGUCUCCCUUUCUUUUUGCUAUUGGUAUGGAAUACCUCUCCUGA